AUGCUAUCCUACUUAAGAUUUUUUAGAUUCACUUCUUUUAGAACUGAUCCUUAUAUAAUUUUAGGGAUUAAUAAAGAUGCUUCAAUGUAAUAGAUUAAAGAUGCAUAUAUUGCAAUGUGUAAGAAAUGUAAUAAUAUUGAUUAAUUGAAGAUCAUCCUGAUUUGAAUAAUGAGACUGAUGCCAAAGAGAAAUUUGCAGAAAUACAUUAAGCUUACAAUUAACUUAAGCAACGCAAAUUUUAUGAAUAAGUAGAAGAAGAAUUUAAACAAAAUUAUUAGUAAUCUUGAUUCUCAUUAAGUAUAGUUCAGCUUAAUCAGAAGAAGAAUGUUUUAAAUAAAUAUUUGGAUUCUAUUUCUAUGAGAAUCCAUAAGAAUAUUAUAAGCCUGAGAAUGCAUAAAAGAGAGCAGAUUAUUAAGAGAUGUUGCGUAAAUAUAAAAGUCAAAAUGAGAAACAAAGUUCCACUAAUCAACAAGUGUUUAAUGAUGUAAAGAUAAAUAGAAACUUUAAUUCUGAUAAUAUAUACAGUAUAUAUCUAUAUAUAUAAUCUAGGAUAUAGUGAUCAUACUUUCCUUAAAGUAUUAAUGAUGUUCACAUUUGUUGUGUCAGUAACAAGUGCAUAUAUUUUCUUUUAUAAGAAAUCAACAACAUAUGCUAAAAACACAAUCACAGAUUCUUAAAUUCUCAGAAUGAAAACUUUAUCUUUAAUUAGAUAAUAGAAAGUGGCUGAAGAAAAAUAACUAAAACUUUGA